AUGAAAAACACAUAUGGCGACAUAAUAUGUGUAUUGUUAUCGAUAUUGUUAUGUAUCACUGAGGCGGUCGACGUCUACACCAACCACUUCCACGUCCAUCUAAAAGAUGGUGGCGGCGCGGAAGCCGCUCACCGAAUCGCCAAACGUCACGGUUUCGUGAAUCGCGGCGCAGUCCUCGGCUCCGAUCACGAAUUCCACUUUGUCCAACCGGCUCUCUCCCACGCGCGCACCAAAAGAUCCAUCGGACAUCACGCUAAACUUCACAAUGACGAUGAAGUCGCGCACGUCGAACAACUUACUGGAUAUCGAAGAACAAAACGAGGAUACAACAGCCGACCGUUGGAGGAGAGAUUGCAAUCACAAUUCGAUUUUUCGGCUGUGAUGUCACCAUCUGAUCCACUUUACGGUUAUCAAUGGUAUUUGAAGAAUACUGGACAAGCUGGUGGUAAAGCGAGAUUGGAUUUGAAUGUUGAACGAGCUUGGGCAAUGGGAUUCACUGGAAAGAAUAUUACAACUGCUAUUAUGGAUGACGGUGUUGAUUAUAUGCAUCCGGAUAUCAAGAACAACUUCGUAAGUUUGAUGGGGAGAUCGGAACUUAGAUAGAGUAGGGAUUGAAUUUUAAUUAGGAUAUUGUUCAGAUGAAUAGGUUCUAAUUACUUGAGUUAUGAGUAAGCUGAGGAAAUCGGGAUUUAUGAAAAUAUAAUCAUAACUAAGUCACUCCCUGAUACAGUUCUACCUUAAGUUAAGGUCCUUAACGCCAUCCGCUGAACUCAGAAAUCUGUAUUUAAUGAUCAGAGCUUAACUUCAAUCUAGCUUACCUUAACUAACGCACUUUAGUCUAGUCUACAUAUACAGUACAGUCUGAACUACUACCAGAGUUUAGGUAACCUCAAACGUAGCCUAUCCUAGCCUAGCCUUUAGUCUAGCCUAACCUAGCCUUUAGUCUAGCCUAACCUAGCCUUUAGCCUAGCCUUUAACCUAGCCUUUAACCUAGCCUUUAGCCUAGCCUUUAGCCUAGCCUUUAGCCUAGCCUUUAGCCUACCCUAACCUAGCAUAACCCAGCCUUUAGCCUACCCUAACCUAAGCCUAACCUAGCCUAACCUAAGCUUAACCUAGCCUAACCUAAGCUUAACCUAGCCUAACCUAGUCAAACCCAGCCUUUAGCCUAGCCUAACCUAGCCUAAGCUAGCCUUUAGCCUAGCCUAACCUAGCCUUUAGCCUAGCCUAACCUAGGCAUUAGCCUAGCCCACCCUAGCCUUUAGCCUAGCCUAAGCUAGCCUUUAGCCUAGCCUAGCCUUUAGCCUAGCCUUUAGCCUAGCCUUUAGCCUAGCCUUUAGCCUAGCCUUUAGCCUAGCCUUUAGCCUAGCCUUUAGCCUAGCCUUUAGCCUAGCCUUUAGCCUAGCCUAACCAAGCCUAACCAAGCCUAACCUAGCCUAACCUAGCCUAACCCAGCCUAACCUAGCCUAAACUAGCCUUUAGCCUAGCCUAACCUAGCCUUUAGCCUAGCUGAACCUAGCCCAACUCAGCCCACCUCUUCUGAACUGGCCCUCCCUUGAUCUCCCCCUCCCCCCUAACUCGCAUCCCCUUUUUCCAGAACGCCGAAGCCUCCUACGAUUUCUCAUCCAACGAUCCAUACCCAUACCCACGUUACACCGACGACUGGUUCAAUUCGCACGGAACGCGAUGCGCUGGUGAAAUCGUCGCCGCCCGCGACAACGGUGUGUGCGGUGUCGGCGUCGCCUACGACGGAAAAGUCGCCGGAAUCCGCAUGUUGGAUCAACCCUACAUGACCGACUUGAUCGAGGCUAAUUCAAUGGGUCACGAACCGAACAAGAUUCACAUCUAUUCAGCGUCUUGGGGACCAACUGAUGAUGGAAAAACUGUGGACGGACCGAGAAAUGCGACAAUGAGAGCUAUUGUGAAGGGUGUGAAUGAGGGAAGAGAUGGUUUGGGUUCGAUUUUUGUUUGGGCUAGUGGGGAUGGUGGAGAGGAUGAUGAUUGUAAUUGUGAUGGAUAUGCUGCGAGUAUGUGGACUAUCAGUAUCAAUUCAGCUAUCAACAAUGGUGAAAAUGCGCAUUAUGAUGAGUGAGUUGAAGCGGGAAUAGAGCGGUGGAGCCUUCUGAAGCCCUCUAGAGCCUUCAGAAGCCCCCUAGAGCCUCGAAAAGCCUUUAGGGGCCCUCUAGAGGCCACUGAAGCCCCCUAGAGCCUCGAAAAGCCUAGUAAGCCUUUAGGGGCCCUCUAGAGGCCACUGAAGCCCCCUAGAGCCUCGAAAAGCCUAGUAAUCCAUUAGGAGCCUUCUUGAGCCUUGUGAAGCCUCCUUAAGAGCUCUCAAGCCUUGUGAAGCCUUCUGAAGCCCCUAGAGCCUUCUAAAGCCUUCUGAAGCCCCCAAGAGUCUCAUAAGCCUUUAGGAGCCCUCGAAAGUUUUCUAAAGCCCCCAAGGCCCACUACAGCCUCCCGAAGUUCAGUGGUCUCCGAUGAAGCCUUCUGAAGCCCCCUAGAACCUCCAAAAGCCUCGUAAAGCCUUCUGAAGCCUUCUAAAGCCUUCUGAAGCCCUUUAAAGCCUUUAGGAGCCCUCGCAAGUCUUCUGAAGCCUUAUAAAGUCUCCUAAAGCCUUCUGAAGCGUCCUAAAGCCACCUGAAGCUCCCUAGAGCUUCCAAAAGCCUCGUGAGCCUUCUGAAGCCCCCUGAAGCCUUCUAAAGCCUUCUGAAGUCCACUAGAGCUCUCUAGAGCUCCUUACAAUCUCGUUAAGCCUCUUCAAGCCUUCUAAAGUCUUCUGAAGGUCCCUAGAACCUCGUAAGCCUUUAGGAGCCCUCUGAAGCCUCUCCAAACCUCCCAAAGUCUUUUGAAGCCCCCUAAAGCCCACUGAAGCCUCCCAAGUCUCAUGUUUGUUCCAGAUCCUGCUCUUCAACUCUCGCCUCAACCUUCUCCAACGGCGGACGCAACCCAGAAACCGGCGUCGCCACCACCGAUCUCUACGGCCGUUGCACACGCUCACACUCUGGAACAUCAGCCGCCGCUCCAGAAGCCGCUGGAGUCUUCGCUCUCGCCCUCGAAGCCAACCCGAAACUCACCUGGAGAGACCUCCAACAUCUCACAGUUCUCACCUCCAGCCGCAACUCACUUUUCGAUGGAAGAUGUCGUGAUUUGCCAGAGCUCGGAAUCAAGGACAACAACAAGGAUAGCAAGGGAAAUUGCUCGCAUUUCGAAUGGCAAAUGAAUGGCGUCGGCUUGGAGUACAAUCAUCUUUUCGGUUUUGGAGUUCUUGAUGCGGCUGAGAUGGUUAUGUUGGCAAUGGUUUGGAAGACUGCACCACCAAGAUAUCAUUGUUCAGCAGGAAUCAUUGAUGUUCCACAGUGAGUUCUAAAAAAAUAUUCAAAAAAUCUCAAAGUCCUAAUGAGAAUUUUUCAGUGAGAUCCCAGCCAAUGGCAACCUUCUCUUGGAAAUCGACACCGAUGGUUGUGCCGGAACCGCGACCGAAGUCAAAUAUCUCGAACACGUUCAAGCCGUCGUCACUUUCAACUCGACCCGACGCGGAGACACCACACUCUAUUUGAUUUCACCAAUGGGAACCCGAACCAUGAUUUUGUCGAGACGACCAAAGGAUGAUGACAGCAAGGAUGGAUUCACCAAUUGGCCAUUCAUGUCAACACAUACUUGGGGAGAGAAUCCGACCGGAAAAUGGAGACUUGUCGCAAGAUUCCAGGUGAGUACAAUACAGUACUGUGGUUGGGAGAGGGGUGCGGUGCGGCUGCGUCGCGGUCUGAACACCUCUCUUAUUGACCCGGUAGAUAUUUUUAAUGCGUUGCGUGUGCGUCGCGGUCAGUGCUAUACUAUAUAGCUUGCAGUUUGAUGAGCGUUAAAGUUUUCUCGUUUGAAAAAUUGAUGUGCAGCGUAUGCGUCGCGGUCAUUACUGUACUGUAAUCAAAAUUACUUUUAUCUUGUAAAUUAUAAUGUUCAAUGCGUUGCGUGUGCGUCGCGGGUUUAUCUAGUUUUUUCAGUACCACUGCCUUUUUGCAAAUAAAAAUACUAUCCGAGUUUCACAGUGAACCAGCACGUUGCGUGCGCGUCGCGGCUACAUAAUCAAAAAAACACAUGUCAUAUUUUUCCAGGGCCCCGGUGACCAUCGCGGAACCCUCAAGAAAUUCCAACUCAUGCUCCACGGAACCCGCGAAGCUCCCUACGAUUCCAUCGAAACCCUUCUCGGACAAUCCAACAACAAACUUCACACUGUACAAAGCGCACACAAACGAAAUCUCUAA